AUUUUAUAAAAUAUAUAUAUUAUGCUUACCAAUUACAGAUAUCAUAAUUCAGAUAUAGACAACCAGAUCUAAACUGGCAGAAAUGGCAACAAAUAAAGAAGAUUAUUCAGACAAACUAGCUAGUUUAGAUUUCAAGUCAAAAAUGAAGCUUUUUCAAAGUCAAAAUAAGACAAAACAGUCUUCAGAAGCAGUAUCGGAAUCUUCUACGAGAGAAUUACCUAAGCCAAAACCAGAUUUAGGACAACCUUUUAUGCCUGAAACAUAUCAAAUUAGAAUGAAAGCUUAUGUACAAGAAGAACGCUUACAAAAAGAUAAAAAAGAAUAUGGUUCUGAAGAUAAGUAUGAUAACGAAUCAUCUGAUGAUGACGGUAAAUUCGUGUUGGCUGAUAUAUUUCCAACGGAUACCACAUCAUUUUUUCGAACAAAAGAUUCACCGAGUAUGAAAAAAGGUUUAGGGAAGCCUUUUAUGUCUGAACCAUAUCAAGCAGGAGUUACAGAAAAUGUACAAAAAGAACGCUUACAAACAUAUGAAAAAGGUUCAUGGCGUCAAUGCUUUAGACACUCGAGGAAUUUCGAAAAUGAUGCAAAAAGGUUGCUUUUGGAAGGAACUUUGCCGGAUCAUAGCUUGUUUCAAAACAUCUCUAAAGAAUACGGUCGAAAGUCUCAAAUUGUUCAAAUCAUUGGCAAUGGUAUAUGUCAAAACAUUAAAGAGCAGUCAAAUAAUAUUGUCCAUGUUUGGCCAGCUUAUCGGCAUACACACGGUAUGGAUUGCAGUGAGGAUAAAAUUGUUUUUGUUGUUAUUACAAACAAGCAGACAAAUAUUAAGUCAGAUUAUGAAAUUUGUAAAAGACAUCUUAAUGAAAUUUCCUCGUUGAGCAAAAACGAAAAUAAACGUAUACAUGACAAGGAAAAGUUAUAUGAUUUGAGGAGAGACGAUUUAGCAUUAUAUUUAAAAUCAAAAGCCAAACAAUUGAUGGAAAACCAUAAAAACCUUACAUGGAUAACCGUGAGUGUAAUAAAAUCUAGUGGACAUGAUUUGGACGAUCACAGGAUGGUACAAUUACCUUGUAUAGCUCUUUACGUUCAAAUCAAAGGACUUAUUCCAAUCGAUGAAGAUCCAUUUGAACAGUUUCUUGAUAGUUACCCUGUUGAUGUCCGAGAAGGUGUUUUUUCGCUCUAUGGGUUACCCACUGAUUUGCAUCAAAAUGUAAGAAUAGGUUGCGCAUUAGACAGUGGGUUUGGAACGAAGCAAGGAACAGUAGGCCCGUUUUUCAAAUAUGAGACUGAUUUGCAUACGUACCUCUUAACCAGUGCUCAUGUUCUACUCGACCCAGAACAGAUGAAGAAACUAAUCGUAGACACCAAUGUGUACUAUGGAAUACAUGGAACUGAUGCUUACCAGCCACCUGAAAGUAUAUCAGUCGAACAUAACUCUCGCCAUCAUCUUGGUAAAAUAGAGUUUGCUGUUUAUAGGACAGGUGAGCAGUACAAACCUGGAAUGGAAGUUGCACUUGUUCGAAUCGACAAACAACGAGUUCCAAUAGACGGGAAAUUCCCUACAAAUGAAACCAUAGAUGGUCAUAUAUUAUCUUUGGACGAUAUUGACAUCUAUUCAAAACAAUUAAAUGGCCAAGAUGUUUACAAAUACGGGUCAAAUACUGGAUUAACUAAAGGAAAAGUUCGAUUUAAUGGCGGUUCCGUGCGUACUGGUGUAUUAAAGGAUCACUUUCUUGGAAUGGACUUGACACUGAAUGAACAAAUCGAGAUAGAAUCUGCUGAUGGUGGUCCAUUUGGUAAGCCAGGAGAUUCAGGGGCACUUGUCUUUACAAAAAGCGGAGACAGAUUGUUCGUAAUUGGUAUAGUUGAAGGGGGAAUUGGCAAUACCUGUAUGGUUACACCAAUUCGUGAUAUAAUUGACGUAUUAAGUCAGUUCAUUUCACUCCACAGGGAUCCACCCACUGAUACCUGUAUGGACUUUGAAGAACUGACUUCCAAUAUAACUUUAAAGUUAUAUUAUGUUCGUUCCAACAAUACACUUCAAUCCGCCGGAAUUAAUCGUCGUAUUUCCGCAGAGAUUAGGAGACACACAGCUGAAGUACAAGCAAAUACUGAACACAAGUUUGAGUCCGUUAAAUCAGAAUUAACAGCAAUUAAGGUGCAUUUUGACACUAAAAUAGAUAAAAUAGAAAACUCAAAUCGAGAAAUCAUAGAAAGUUUAAAAGCACUUUCACAGACUGUUAAAAAUAGCUAUAACGCGUCUGCGCCCAAUACGGAAAAAUAAUAUUUUGACAAAAUUCUUACUGUCCGAUAUUAAGAAAAUAUUUUAGCCAGUUGUAUAUCCGUGACAUCACAUUUCCAAUGUUAUUUCUGUUAUUGAGUUGCAUUAUUUUCAGUUUUCAUUUUAAUAACCUUUCACUAACAGUUUAAGUAAAAUGCAUAUGUCUAUAUUUCUAGCGGUAUUGAUGACUUCAUUUUUUUUGACAAAUACAACAUUUUAAUAUUAUAUUGACUAACUAGUUUAUACAUUACUGCAUAUUCAUCCCCUAACUAUCUCCCAUUUUGACACUUUAAUAUGUGAAUACAUAUAUAUUUUGAUGGAAAUCUUUUGAAACUUGGUAUGCGCAAGACUGUUUUUAUGAGAUCCGGUUUACGAUUGCCUAUUUUAAUUUACUUCAAUUAACAGCCAGUACGUGCAUUGCUCUUAUGCCCUCUCUCAGGGCUUUUGUACAACUGAUAACAAAGCGCUCAAUGUGUGCUUUUGAGAUCAUCGUCUGUCAGUUCGUCAGUUGUAGACUUUUUCAUUUGACUUCUCCUUUGAAACCGGUUGGUCAAAUGUGGUAAAAUUUAUCUGGGAUGUUCCUAGCAUAAGGUUCUACAAAAAAUGUGCAAAUGGUUCUUCUUCAUCAAUGAGUUAAAUAUUUAAUAUGUAAACUAGACGGGAUACAUAUAGACGGUGGUCCGGUGUUGUGUAGAUGUGUUUUGACGAUGCGUUCAUUGAAUGUCACCCUUCUUUGUUGAUCUUUGUUUUCCUAGUAAAUAGCUUCGUAAUAUCUAGGGUCAUGGUACUUUUUUCAGCUGAUUGUUACACACUUAUCUGACCAUGAUAUUAUGAUUUAUUAUUUUAGGACAGACAGAAUGAAUUGAAUUGUUUUUUGGUUCAACACUUUUAAAAUUGUACAUGCUGUUCUCUUUUCGUUGUAAUUGAUGGGCCUAGUAAGAGACUAUGAUAGGCAGUUUUUUAAAUUAUUUGAAACUGAAUUGCCUUAUUUUUCGUUCUAUGCCUAUCUCUAAUUGAUGAAUUUCGCGCUGCUUAGCCUUUCUGUCAGACAUUUAGAGAAAGGAAAUACUGUAGAAGGCAUAUCAAGAUACGAGGAUCAAGAUACAUAAACAAAAAACUAAACAACUCCCCUUCCUUACAAGAACUCCUUUGAGAUAUGGAAGAAUGUCACAAUGGAAUGUAACUGUAAUAAACCCAUAUUGCAUGAAUGUUUGAGCAAAAUGUGAGUUUGUUAAAAUUCCUUUUAUGCAUUUAUUUUACUGUGAGAAAAAAAUAUUCAAACGCAAUUUUAAUACAUUUGAAGCCGAAAAUUGUCGUAAUUAUUUUUAAUCUCCGUUACACAAAUGGGGUUUGGCUACACUGAGUGGGACAUUGGCAUUCACAAACUUCAUUUAUUUUUUUAUAUUUGAUUUGUUGUGUUAUCAUGUUAUGAAGAAAUAUAGUGCACAAACUAUUUUAUGAUCAAAUAUCAUGAUGUUUAGGUUUGACGUUAUUCUUAUUAUCAAGAAAGUAUAUGUAUAUGAUGGGUCCUAUCAUUAAGGUAACUAUGUCUUAGUUUCAGAAGACCGUAGAACUUUUUCAUACAACAACAUGUAUCUGAACUUCUGUAAGCAUCCAAGAUUGAUACAGUCAAAAGAAAACGAUUGCGUUGGUAAAUAAUCUUUUAUGUGUGUCUUGUUCAUCUUUGCAGUAAUAUGUAAUUAAAACUCUACAAGAAAAGAAAGUUUUGAUAUUCUUUCCUUUAACGCUAGAUAUAUAUUGAAUAAUGUUAUUAUCAUUUUAUACAAAAACCUGUAUUGUUAUAAGUUACAUUCUGGCACUAUUAUUAUUAUUAUUAUUAUUAUUAUUAAAAGAUGAGAAAAACACUUAAAACGUCUAUUUUCAACAGUUUUAUGAGCAUAUGAACAUAUUUCCUAUGUUCUUUAGCCAUAUUUAAACAGUUAAGGCGGUGACAUUUACAACAUCGCGGAGAGAAUGAUUAUGUUACUACAAUGGACUAUAGAAAUAAAGAACAAUAUAAUCAUGUAUGUAACCAAUAGCAGCAUAAAUCUGAGGUUGAACGUAUGGAAGAAAUGUUAUCAUUUCAAACAAGUCAUUUACACAAGACGAAACACAGUUGAAAUAUACCAACUUUUGAAAACAAACAAUAGUACGUAUAAGUUGGUUUGUAAUCUUUUACAUAUUAUUCUUAUUCAUUUUAAUUAUCAUCCAAAACAGGCAACACGGAAAUAUGCAUUCAGCGGAUAGUGUUCAGUCCACUAAUGAUAUUUUUACAACAAUGAUGCUAUCAGAUAUCCCCGUAGAGACACUCUUCAAAAUCCAAUAUAAUUUCAAUGACAGUUCUUUUCCCUAAUAUAUGCACAAAAAAAUAUGAAAAUUGCUAAAAAAAUAUUGUAGAUAUAGAUAUUUAAGCAAGACGGGCAUAUAUAUUACGGGUUAAUGAGCAGAGUUGGAUAGGAUGUUAUUACGGAUAGGCAGUAAGCUGAUUUCAUAUUGAUCUGUGAUAUAUCAAUGAUCACUAUAAUAAAAUAAUUAUCUUUAUAAUGAUUUUAUUCAUAUUUCAAAAAUUUAAAAUCAUCUUUUGGAGAUGUAGAGAGGUCUUGGUUGGGUUAAUGGUUCCUGACCUGGCUACGCACCUGUAUAAAAAAAUGUGAUGAACAAUCAACGAGCUUUUAUUGUUACUUGAUUUCUAAAUUGUGAAGAUAAUGAUCAGCAAGGUAGACACAGUUCAUGAAACGCAGCCCUUACAAUAAGCACAGAACAUCAAAAUGACAUUCAAAUAGAAGGUUAAAUAGAAUAAACGUUUAACGUUGUUUUUUGUUUUGUUUUUUUUUUCUUUUCUUAUUUCAAAACAAAAUAGUUUUUCGUCUUAAAACAGACUUUUUCUAAACAGUGAGUGUCUCUUCAGACAAAGCCCCGAAGUUCCUUUACCAAAUGGUUGCUAGUUUCUUGUUUAAGUGACUUGUUUUUCAAUAAUCAUGAUGCAGGAGAUUCCGAUUGUUUGGAAUAGGUCAUGUUAUUUAUUGGAGCUCGCGGUUUACAUAUUGUUACAUGUAAAUGUGCAGAAGUUCUUAUGACGUUUUUACUGAAUUUCAUAACGCCGUUGUUUGACCAAUCAUCAGUAAUAGCGCUCCUAUUUUAGGGUACUACAAUGUAGAACAUUUUCCUGUAUCAACGUAGUACAUAACCGCGCAAUGAGAUAUGUCUUGAGUGUUGGACAAUAUAAAUAACAUAGAUUGGUAAAAAAUGGCCUGGACCCUUCUAUUGUCCGACAGCUUAAAACAGUUGCUAUCUUUUUGACACGUAUUUGUAAUACUACACCAUCUAGACUUAAGACGAGACUAGUAUUUGGUCAGACAGCCAUGCCUGAGGUUCAUGUUAUAACUUGUUUUUUAUUGUAAAACAAAAGUUACCUCAAUGUAAUAUAACAAAUAUUUCUCUUGAAAGUCAUAUUUCUAGAAAUACUUAUUUAAUCAACAGCACGAUCCGUGUGUAUUAUAUAUACAAUAUAUACAAGAUACGAAUUUUAAAUUUAAAUUUAUUUUCAUUAUUAUCUGUUAUAAAAUGUUUUUUAAAUAAUGGGUGUCUGUCUUAGUUUUGAGUUUUUGACUGUGUUAAUUGUGUUAGUUUUACUUUGUAAAUGAUGACUUGAUGUAAAUGAUGAAAUGAUGCACUGAAGAAAGUAUUAUAUUUAAAUUGAUAGUCAUUGAUCAAAUGAAUUGUACAAAUUUUCAGUAUGUGUGUUAAGAUAUGUUAUAUCUCUGAUUUCCAUUUUAUCAUUUCUUUUACAUGUUAUAUUUAAAAUUUCUUCGAUUGAUAUGUUAGUUUCUUUUUUUCUGUUUCUUUAUGACCGUAAUUUAUUCCUCUUCAUGACCGUAAGUGCCCGUGUUGUGAUUCUGUCGAAGAUGUUUAUCAAUAAAUUGUAAUGUAUAUGAGGAUACGUGUACCCUUAAACAUACAGCAGUCUCAAAACUCUUUAAAGAUAUCAGAUUUAGAAAAAAAAUGUUUAUACUUUUAGAUAAUUAAAUGAUAAAUAGUUGUGUCGUCAAACCAUGUUAUAUUAUCUUUAAAGAGAAGAUUUUUUGAUUUAUGUACAUGAUUAAA